AGAUGGACUGAGGCAGCGAGGGAUGGAGUGGCCUGAACACCUGCCCCCCUCUUUCCCUACAGGCUGCUGAACAGCAUCAGGGACGCAAUAAGAAGAGCGAGACUCUGCUAAGCCAGGUGGGAGAGAGCCAGAGGGACAGCGGUUCUGACGCCUUGGCCACCUGCGCAGCGUCAGGGUGUCACAGCCAUGAAACCGUCCAUCUCUGCCGGCCCUCCUUCCGGACUCCUGCUGGUCCUGAUCUGUUGUCCCCUACUGGGCUUCGUUCAGGCUGCCAGCAGCAGCAAGGCUGGUGAUAAGGGGCACCAGCAGCUGGUUGACACUGACCCAGAGCGCUGCAUGAGGCACCACUUCGUAGAGACCAUCACUCAUCCUGUUUACAAAUGCAACACUAAGAUGGUGCUGCUGGCGCGCUGCGAGGGCCACUGCAGCCACACCACCCGCUCAGACCCCCUCAUCUCCUUCAGCUCGGUCCUUAAGCAGCCCUUCAAGAGCUUCUGCUCCUGCUGCCGACCUCACACCUCCAAGCUGAAGGCGGUGAGGCUGCGCUGCGCCGGCGGGACUCGCAUUACGGCCACCUACAGAUACAUCCUGGCCUGUAACUGUGAGGAGUGCAGCUGAGGAGGCUUCCUUCCAGGACCCCAACACUCUCAAGCUGCAGCGUUUUUCUUGGCCUCAGACUUUAUUUUAAAAACUGUUCAGAGAAAUGUGAGGAUUUUUGGAUGAAGGGUUUGCUGGACGUUAACGUUUCAGAGGAAUCAGAUCCCCCCCC